AGCCUUACUAUUUUGCUCAUGAUAACAAUGACAAAAGUUGGAGAACUUGGACAUGAAGAUUCUCACUUAGCAUCAUCAUCCGAUGGAACAGUUUUGUUGUCUCUUCCCCUUAUCUCAUCACUUGAUGGUGGAGACCUAGGAAUGAAGUCACUGGACGAUGAAGACAUGGAUGACAUGGAUAAGGGUGAUGAAGAGGAUGAUGUUGAUGUUAACCAAAUGCUUUCAGUAGUAAAUUCAGGCGGGAGUAAGUUUUUGCUUUGUAUCUGGUUAAAAGAGUACUUUUCGAAAUUACAUUAAUAACAUUUUUAACUUAAAAAUGACUUGUAAAAUUUUAUAUUUUACAGUGGGCCCCUUUAUGAUGAAAGGAUAACUGCAGAUUUAUCAGGGAAAUUUAAAUAAUUUAUAUGUAUGAAUGACUUAUGAUGUAAAAUUUGUAGGAGUUUAUUAUUAAAUCAUCUAAUUAAAACUUAGACAUUCAUGUAUCUAAUAAUUUUUUCUUUCAAAACAGAUUUGAUUAGAGCAAACCAUACAACACUUCAGUCUCUGCUCUCCCAACCCAUCUCAACUGCCCAGAUGUUCACCCAGCAAGAUGGUAUUCAGGUCAUCACCAUUCCAGCCACAUCAGACUUUUUAAACAUGAGCUUAACAGGUGACAUAGCAGACAGAUUUGUUCAUAUGGUCCCUACAAGUGCUGACAUCAAUAAUCUUGGCACAAAAUAUAUAGGACUUAUAGCUAUCACAAAUCCCAAUAUGCUGCCCAAUGGAAAAGAAAUGGGUAUGUCUUUUUGAUUAAUUUGUUACUUUGUGGGAUGAACCUAUUAAAUGAUUAUAUAUGACACAAAAAUUGUGUGAAUUGCUUGUUUUAAGAUAUUAUGGAGAGAGUUUAUGAGUACCUGGAUUAGAAGAACAAGCGAAAAAUUGAUAGCAAGGAAAUGCAAGCUUGUUGUAAAGUAGUUCUCAGUACUGUCUGCUUAUAUAUUUUACAAAAUUUGAAAAUUCCAUUUUCUUGAUAUGCAGGCAGUUUUAAAAAAAAUUGUGUAUUAAAGAUUAGUCGUAUUGCGGGACUGUCAAAAUACGUCUGCAGAUUAAAAUUUGAUCAAAACCUGGGUUUUGAGAAAAACUGUUGUAGGGAAAAUGCAAAUAUUUGCAAGGGUUCUCAAUGAAUAACUAUAGCUAACAUUUUGUGUUAGCUAUUCUAUAAUUUCCUUCUUCUAACUUUGCUUUUAUUUUUUAUUUUGUCAGGCUCUACUUAACUUCUCUAAAAAUAACUUUUAAUAAAAAUCUUUGAAUGUCCACUGCCAUCAAAAAAAGUUAAAACUUUGAAACCUAAAAGCUUGAACUGAUAUAAUGACUAUAACAAUGAUCAAGGAACACCAGGAGAACAAAUAUUUAUCAGUGCUUGUAAUAUCUUCAUUGCUUGGAUAAUAACUUUACAUUAUUGAAUGCUGCAAGGAAACUUUUAUUUGUAUAAUCUAGCAGCUAAAAUUACUGUUGCUAAUUAUCUCUUACUAUCUUCAACUAAUAGGUUUUUCUGGAUAUGAAAUGAUUCAAGCAGCUGAGGCAGCAGAAUUAAGUGCUGCUGCAGCAGAAAACAUGGCUGCUAUUCUAAUGCCACCACCUCAAGCACCACAAGAUGUUAAUUGUCCCAGUUGGGCAAUGAGGCUGAAAAAAUGUGAAGUAAGCACUUGACUAAGGAAUCACCGAGUAGUAUAUCCAUUUUAAAAAAAAAUUUCAAAUUCUUUUAGUGUCUGAUUCUGCUGAAUUCAUUGAUGAAGAGUAAAACUGUAACGUUAUAGUGAUUUUUGUAGUUGUACUCUCUAAGUAACACGUUGCCAUUACUUUUUUUUUUUUCCUCCAAAGAAAAUUGGUGAUUCUUAUAGAGGGUAUGUGGAGAAUGAAACCGACCUUGACCUGAUACUGACUCUUCACAAACAGCAAACCAACAGCUUCUGGGGCACUCGCCAGUCACCAAGCCCUGCUAAAGCUUCUACUCGAUUGAUGUGGAAGUCUCAAUAUGUCCCGUUUGAUGGAAUCCCUUUCGUUAAUGCAGGUAACAAAUUAAUAUAUUCCUUGAUUAUUUUCAUCUUGUUAUACUUUAUAACAUCUGCGUAUUCUAACAGUGGUAUUCCAUGGCAGAGGGAGUUUCCCACUGGUUUAUAAAACCAGACUUGCAAUGGAAAUGACCAUUUUGCACCUGUCAAUGUUACAGACACAAUUUUAGUUGCAAGAAGGUGUGAUUUUUAUCUUCUUUUUUUUUUCUUUUUAUGAACUCAUAGUUUGCCACUAUAACUGAACAGGCAUCUUUAGCAUAUUUGGAGAGAAAACAUGUUUGUUUUUUUCUCCAGGGAGUCGAGCUGUAGUAAUGGAGUGUCAGUAUGGUCCAAGGAGAAAAGGAACCCUGGGCAAGAGGGCAACUAUCACAAAUUUAUCCAAUGAAUUCAAACAAACUUGUCCUGCCAGGUGACUUAUUUAUCCCCUAGUUUAUUACAAAGUCCCUGUGAUCAAUUUUAAAGCAUGUAAAAUUUUGCAUCGUAAAACAGAAUAUUCAGCUUGACUCAAAUAUUAAAGGCAAAAUCUUAAAAUUCAUGUGUAUCAUUAUGUCUUACAGAUAUUUACAUUCCCAUAAUUAACACAGGAAAGGGAAUAACGUUUUUGGAAAUUUAUCUAGACAUAUUAAAGUAUAAUAAGGUUUUUUAUCAUACAUUUUUUAUUUUAUUUGCAGGAUAUACAUUAAAAAGGUCCGCAAGUUUCCAUCACAUGCUGUCAAUCUGAGCCUUGACAAAAAAAGUAUCAGACUUGCCAUGGAUAAGGCAUUUCAUGAGCUGAGAGAACAAGGCCUUGACAGCUGGGGGGAAGAAAGGUAUGUUGAAACUUCAUUGAAGUUAUAUAGUUCAACCGUCAACUUUCCCUGAUAUUGAUCCUAUAUCUAUACAUAAGUUGUUUUGGAUACUAAAAUAAUGCAGGCUUGUGAAAUUUUUAUUAAUGCUAUAUAAACCAUCUAUUUCAUCUUCAUUUGCUGAUUGUUUUUGCCCCAGAUAUUAUGUACAGCUGCCUACUGAAAAAGCCCACGAUUACCAUGAAGAAGGGAGCUCAUCAAAAAAUGACACCAUAACAGUUGUGUCCCUUGAAGAAGCUGUAAAUGAUGACCAGCAGCAUUUGCACCAAGAGAGAGUCAGUGAAGCCAGAAUACAUCCAGCCGUAUUGGAGAAAAUCAGACAGAUGGUAUCUGGAGGGGAGACAAGGCUCUACACAAUACGCAAGCAGCUCAGGUAGGCUGAACAAGCUUUUUAACCAUUGUGCAAAAUUUAAUAAGCUUUGUUGCAGAUUUGAACAUGUGUUCCAGUUGUCAAAUGUGCUUGGAGCUCUCAUACGCUUGUUUUUACUGCAUAACAUUCAUCUUAUUUUAAAAAUUGCUCAUACUUUUAAAAAAUUAUCAUUAAACAUGUUAACGCAUUGUUCUUAUAUAAUAAACUUUCAUUAUUUUGUCAUAAUUGUUUCUAACCAGUCUGUGUUAUCAGUAUGUGCAACCAUUUUGAUAAUAUCUUCUCAUAAAUAAGCCACUUAAAAUAAGGGUGUGUAUUUAAAGUUAGUGAUUUGUUUAAAAAUUGACAGGAAAUUUGUUGUGAGAGAACUGUUUCAAGGCUCAGGGCUUGUGCCAGAGCGCCACGACUUAACAAUGUUUCCCACUGUAAAUGAUUUAAAAAACCAUAUCCAUCAAGCUUUGAAAGAUAUUGAAGCUGGAAUUCUGCCCUUGUCAGCACCGGUUGGUUUGUUUUUAAAUAAUUUAAUUUGCACUUUAAAGUGUUUUUUUUUCCUUUUCUCUGUGGCUUUACAAUAAAUUGAAAUUAUUAAUAAUUAGAGCUAUUUUUUUUUUAUUGUCAUGGCAACCUAGUUAAUUCUUUCCAAGUAAUAUAGCUUAAUGUAUUGUUUUUUAAUCUUUUAAUGCAAAUUUAUGUCAGCUAAUAAAUUGUACUUAACACCUAACUCAUUUAAAUUUUGCAAUGCAGGUACAUCUUGAAGGGAUGCCUGGGUCUGAUUGUAAUUCAGAAGAACAAGAUUCAUCCAGUGAAAUAAAAUCUGAGCUGUGCUCAAUGUGGUCUGGGGCUGACCUGUCAGCCAGUGGACCAAUGCCUGAGACAGUCACAGUAACCCUGACACAGAAUCCAGAUGAGGGUAGGACAAACUGGCGCUAUUCAUUUUAAGAUGAAUCAGUUCACACAAUGAAUAAUGUUUCAAUUUUUUGCUUAGCACACAUAAAUGCUUUAUGAAUGACUGAUUUCUCAUUUUUUAUUAAUUUACCUUUUAAAACAGUUCGCAUAAAGAUCAGGGUUGCAUUGAUCAAUAGAAAAUGCAGAAUAAUUAAACAAAAAUGAUGUUCCAAAAUGAAAGUGUAUUGAUCGGUUAGCACCUUUCAUAAUAAGAAGGACUGCAUUCAAGGCAUCUACCUGAAAUGCCCCUUUGAUUGUCCUGUCUUUUCAAGUGUAAACAUAACUUGUUUCACUAUUUCCUAAGCUUCUUUAGAAGCUUAGUAAACUUUUCUCUUUUCAUGUGGCCAUUCAAGAGCCCCCAUUCUUGGGAUAAUUUUUGGGAUUAAAAUAUAAAUUUUGAUAUUUAUGUGGCAUUCAAAUAGGUUUAGGUCUUUAAAAAAUAAUUUGAGGCCAAAAAAAUAUUUGCAGCAGUAGCACAUCCUUAAUGAUAUAAAUUAAUGAAUAUCACAGGUCAAAUGUCCAGUUUUGACCGUUAAGACUCAUUGAUCAAUGAGCAAAAUAAUCCAGCGAAUUCUGAAAAGAGAUGUUUAUGAAGAUUUAAAAAAUUCUUUAUUUCAUCAAUUUAUGUGACACUUCUCUCUCUCGAAGAUGGCCAUCAUAUUAUCUCUCGCAUCGAGACCCACUUGAGUGAUGGAACCACUCAAGUCAGUACAACACUAACGCCAGAAACUGCCCAGCUCCUAUCACGUUUACAUCCAGGACUUUUCCCAACUGGAGGCCUUUUGAGGGUCAGUCUGAUUUGCUACUUAAUUGAAUAGAUUUGAUAAAGUUUUUACAUUUUUUAAAUAGUAAAAUAGUACAGUCACUAAAUGUUGUGCAUAUGUACUUUUCAAAAUUUCCCCCAAAAUUAAAUUUAGAUUUUUGCAGUUGAUUCUUUGUUUUUGCUAAUUUCUACCCUAAAUAUAAGAUGUAGCUGACUAGCCUACAAUUUUUUUCUUAUUUAUGCAUGUAUUGACCCUUUGUUAUGAAUAAACUUCCUUCUAUAAUAUAUGCACACAUAUAUUGACUUCACUGCAUUAAUGUUGUCCUCUAUAACUUUUUUUCAGCUUGAUACCAGUCAGGGUCAUUCGAUAAAGAGCGAAAGUCUCUCUAGUCCCAAUGAAGACGGGGCACACGAAAACCCAGUCACAGGACUUGAUGCUUCCAUGGUGGGUGGUGUCCAUGUCAUGGGUGGUAUAGACACAUCACAUCUGUCUGGCAUGGUCGACAUGGACGGCGCACAUAACAUUUCUGACAUGAUGGACUCUGACCCCUCUAUUCACUUGGGGCCAGGUUCAAAUCAGAACAUUUCUGGAUUAAUAGACUCUGACUCUGCUAACUUGGCCAGCAUUGUGAGUGCUGACUCCCACCACCACCACCACCACCACCUUACAAACUUGUCCAUCUCAGGCUCUCAGCUGUCAGUCUUGAGUGCGGUCGACUCAGCCACUAUAUCAGAGAUGGUGUCUUCCGGUGCUGCCCACCUGAGCAUAGUUCCAGGACUCCCCAACACCCUUGCCCUAGUCACACACAAAUCAAACACUGGCAUGGGGUUGGACUCCUCAGACAGUGAGAGCAACCAUAUGACUUUAGUAGAAGAAGAUGGUUGUGAACAAGACGAAAAGCUUUCGGAUAAGAUUACACUCCACAUAACUUCUGGUGAGUGCUCACAUUUUUGUUUAGCCAUUUAGUCACGCUAUUUCUUUUUUACAUAAUCUUAAUUUUUUUAGGUGAAAACAUUUUCCAUUUUGAAGUAAUUGUCUUACUAUUUGGAUACAGUUAUGUUUUGUUAAUGAAAUGCUUGAAAGUUUAUUAAGUUUAUAAAAUGUGUUAAUUAAUGAUCUUCUUUUCAGAUCAAGAAAUGGGAAUGGCACGACUGGAGAACAGAGUUUCAGAUUUGUAAAAUAAAUUCAUUUUUUCUCUCACUUCCUGGAAUUGCAGCGGAUUGAGUACAAUUUCAUAUGUAAAAAUUUAUAUUUUAUGGAAUUUUGUUGUUUUUUGUAAUUUUAUAAAUGAAUUUGAUAGACAGGUGAAGUAGCAAAUAUUCUUUGAUCAAGGACAUUAGUUUUAGAGUAAGGAAUGAAAGUUCAUAUCUGUUGAGCAAACUGUUAUAAAACAAUUUAAUAAUUUAUCAAUAUUCAAUGGCUUAUGAGGAAAAAUAGCUUUUUUUUUUUUUUUUUUUUUUUUUUGUUGCUAAUCCAACAAUAAGAAAGAUUUUUUUGGAAAAAUGUUAUUUUUCUAAUUAGCAACAAUGUGUUAUAAUUUAAAAUAAGAUAUGUAUUUCUGUCUAAUCAAAAGCAGCAAUGUGAUAUUAUCUUUGCUAGCAAGCAAAUACAGUUGUGAUAAUCCCAUAAGUAAAUAAGGACAUGUACAUUUUAGAGGAUUUCUAUAAAAGGGUAACUUCUUAGUAAAGUAUACCUGCCAUAAUUAAAGAGUUAUACAAAUUUAAACUUUGCUUUAAAUCAAAGAGCUGAAAUCAGUGUUUCACUUGUGAGAGGGAGUGUUGUAGAAAUACUUAGCUGCAGCCCAUUUUGCUUGCGGCAAGGUGACUCGCAAACCAAAUGCAGUAAAACAAUUAAUUUAGUCAAAGAAAACACAGAGAAAACAGGUGCAGGAUUAUGAAAUUAUUCAAACUUUAUUUAGCAACUGAUUAAAAAAUUUCUUUAAAUCAUGUUUUUUUUUUUUUGGUUACUGUUUUAGCUGCGACCCCCCAAAGAAAGCCCUCCUUGAUCCCCUUUUUGGGAUAUGACCCAUUGUUUGGAAACUAGAGAAUUUCAAGUUGUUAUCUUUUUAUCUAUAUUUUACAUGAAAACACGCAUUUAAAAAAAAAUCAUUUUUACUUUAAAAAGCUUCUUAAAAUAUUUAAGAAAAUAAACUCUUUAUUUUAAGCUGGACUCUUUGUCCUACUUAUAAACUUAUUAAUAGUAACAUGUUCUCUCAAAUCAUCAGGCAAACAUUAUUAACCUAAAAAUUAAGUAACUUUUAACAAGUUAAAUGAAUUAAUUUUUGUUAUAGAGUUCAUAAUUUUCAGGAUAAUAAGUCUGAGGAUAUUUAAUAUAUUAUUUAUUGCUUUGCUAGUGAGCACCAGAAAAAUAUUUCAUUGAAGGUGUGUAAAUGAAUUGUUUUUCUCUGAGAGCUAAGAUGUGUCUAAUAAUACUAAUAUUAUGCUUGUAUUAUUCCAUGAAUUUUUUUUUCCCUUUUAUUUGUUUUACAGUCAUUUUGUUUAGUUUAUGUAAUCGGUGUGACCUGGACCACAGAAUUUCCUAGGAUUUAGUCUUGAUAAACUGCUAGUGACAAGUAUUAUUUGAAUCUCACUGCCAUGUUCUAGCUGCUAUUGAAUAUUUAAUGUCAUUAAUUAAAUUCAUGUAAAAAGUUUUGUGUUUUUUAUUCAUGCUUAAGCUCUUGUACUUAAUUAAACAUUGGUUUAACAAACUUUCUAUUUAUUUUUUUAUAUUUCAAAACACUUGUUUUUUUUCUCACAUACUGGUAUGUGCUAUGCUCAGCUCUUUUUAAAGAUCUACAUCCCUCCAAUUUCAAAAAUAUCAUAUGGCAAGGAUAACUUGAUGUUGUGACCUAAUCUGCCUUGAUUCUUUUUAAAAUCACUGCCCCAUUAGUUUUUUUUGAAUAUUGCAGUUAGUGAAUUUACUUUUAAAUAGGUUGUCAGUUUAAGUGUACAUUAUAUUUUUUUUAUUAGCCAUAAGUUCUUGAGGAGCAGUAUCUGUAUAUUUAAAUAUUACAAGAAAUCAUUUAAACUCAUUCCUUAAAUAUGAUAAUUACAUUAUAGAAGCUCUUCAAGUUGAACAAUUUUGUUUUGAUGACUGCAGACUAAAUACAACUAGACAUAUUGUUUGUGUCAAAGAACUUAUCAGUAGGGCAUCUUAGUCCC